AUGGCCAGCCGUCAAUCAAGAUUAGAGGCAGAGAAGCUUGCAAUAAUACAAAAUUCCAUGACAAGGGGAAGGUCUUUGUCUCCUGGGGCAUCUGGCAGUGGGGGCAGAAGUUCCUUCAAUAGUCGCUCACCCUCGGUUUCAAGGGAGGAUUACAAUGGGAGAUUAAAGUGGUCAAUCACAAAUCAUGACCCUCUGGAACGGAUUAAAAAACCAGGAGAAACAAAUGACUCUUCUGCAUGGGAGGAUGAAGUAAGCGAAGAGGAGCAUAUCAGUGAUGACGAUAACAACGAAAAAUUUCAAUACGAUGACACUGGAAAUAUAUUGCCCAAUUACGCCUGUCAGGAUGAAAUGAUCAAUGAAGUCAGUGCCAUCCUAGAAAACUCCAAUUUGAAUGAUAGAUCCACUGUUAAGAAAUUGGAAGAGCUAACUGCCAACGAACGAGCUCUUGCAGCUGCCAAGAAUGCUGGAACGAAAAUCGAUCCCGAUGUAUUGAAUAGAUUGGCAAGCGAUAAACAAAGACUCACAGGGCUGGAGCGUUUGAACUUGAUCCAGUCUGACCAGGAUGUUGAAGCAAGGAGACAAAAAUUGGAAAACUACCAAGCCUAUCGAAAGAAGAUAAUUGAACAGGAGAAUGGAAAUGGGCAUGGGCAUGACCCCAGCACCAGACAUGAGAGAGAAGUAGAUCCUCAAUCUCAGGUAAACAAAGAAGGGAAAGAUGGCUCCUCCACUGAAGAUGAAUUUAUGGUGCCCUACACCUCGGCCGUCGAAGAUAAACUUGAUAGUGAAUUUGCUUCGCAGUUAAAUGAAACCAUCCGUGAAGGGGAAGUCGACUCCAACAAGGCACACUCAAGAGUUAUUCAAACAAUAACAAGGGGAAAUUUUUUCCAGUUGGUCAAUCCAAAAGUGAAACCAAAGAUGUUUUUAUUGUGUAUGGAUUUCUCUCCAGAAUCCAUUUUUGCCCUCGAAUGGUCUUUAGGUACGGUUUUAGUUGAUGGGUCUGUGUUGUUUAUUGUAUGUGUUAUUGAGGAUAACGACUCCAACCACAAUUUGAAGGGAAACAAUGAGAAUCAGCGUGAACAGCAACGGCUCAAUAUGUUAAACAAGGCUAAACAGCAAGUUCUCAACUUGUUGAAGCUUACAAAGCUUCAAAUACAUGUCGUCAUUGAAAUUGUGCACCAUCCCAUUCCAAGGCACUUAAUCUUGGAAUUUAUCGACAACUUGAAACCAACCUUGGUAGUUGUUGGUUCAAAAGGUCAAAGUGCCAUCAAGGGAGUCUUACUUGGUUCAUUGUCCAACUAUUUAGUCACAAAGUCGACUGUUCCUGUCAUGGUUGUACGCGAGAAAUUGAAGAAGAUAAACAGAUUCAAAUCCGGAUCCUCGGUAUUUUCCAAUAAUAUCAAGCCAUUGACCUUGUCCGAGGCCAGAAUUGAUUGA